AUGGCCCCUCAAACGCGCUCCCAUCGAGGGACACCCGCAUCAGUCCCUGCAACUAGCUCCAGUUCCAGGACUUAUUCUCAUGGCCCACUUUCAUCACAGCAGAAGCGGUUCCCUGCCCGACGUCGAGUUGUAAAGACGUAUGGCAAGGGGAAAAUGACCGCCGCCGCUCAGUCGUUGAAGCAACAGACAAUGACUCAAAUGGCUUUUUUGGUUUCGUCGCAGCCGGAUGACCUUAAAGAUGAGGAGAUGGACGAUGACGAGAAGUCUACACUGCUGAUUCAAGACUCACACCGUUCCAGCAAGCGCAGGAAGACAACGGGUGAUGUCCCCAGUUCCUCAAAUUACAAAACGCAGACCCUCACUCAGCUCUACUCCACUGCUGGCAAUGAAGAAGAGAAGCCCAUAACGAUUAGUGAUUCAGAGGAUGACGACGACGACGUUCUUAGCACACAUAGCCCCGUCACCAUCCGAUCAACUCCGACCGCUUAUAGGCGACGCGAGUUGGUCGGAACACCAUCUGUUGCUCCUCAAACGCCAAGCAACAGAAGGAGUAGUCAAAAAUCAAAUCUAUUGAUGCUGUCGCCUAGUGUGAGGAUGCUCAUCAGGAAUAGCAGUCCUGUCGGUCCUCGAAGAUCACCCUUGAAGGACAAAUCAACCAACUCUGUCAUCAGGCCAUCUUCGCUGGCUACUUUGAAGAAGCGAAAAAAGGAGAGGGAGAUACCCGAUUCUUACAGCUCGGACGCCCUGUCACCCAUAGCACCAAGCGAGGCAUCACCUUCCAAGAGGCGAAGCCCCUUGAAGGAGAUUGAUCUGCCACCGCCACCACCUCCACGCUCACAGGAUUCACCCCGUCGAACCGCCGAAACAUUGCGGCGAAUUGGUCAUAUCUCCUCUACGCCUCGGCCGAAUGCGACAAGCAGGGCCUCUCGACCCACAGGUGACGAGAUUCCUGAUUCAGAGGAUGAUUUGUUGAGCGUGGCUUCAACCCCGCGAAGGGGUGAGCACCUGAGUCUGGAACCAGAGACACCCAUCCGGUCAUCGCGUGCUCUAUUCCAACGACUUAUCGAAAACAAAGAAAAUGCCAGCCCCGGGCCCUACCUUGGUGCUAUUAAUUCUACUCCUGCACCACAAAGGGGGCAGCCUGUGGAAGAAACGCCCAGGGAACCCAGGACCAGCAUUGGCGCGAGCGAAGAGACAAUGCGUGUUCCGAGUGGGCCCGACUCGCAAUACAAAAGUCACACCGCAGACACUGUCCCUCCAGAUGUUGAGAUUGGUGAUUCGGAUUUGGAUUCAAAUUCAGGGCCUGACAGCCCUUGCCCCCCAUCAAGACCAUUACCAAGCCAGGAAAGCAUGCCGAGGGUUGUACUAGGGACAAGCCCUGUCAGGCCACAAUCACAAGGCUCUAGACACGGCGUGUCAAACGAUUUUGUUAUCGCUUCCAGUUCUGACAUCUCGUCUUCUGCUACCAAGCCCAGAGCGCACCCGGCAGAAAUACCAACUAGUGAUGGCCCUGAAGUAACACCGCUUUCGUCGCCAGAGGACAGAAAUGCAAGCUUGAUAUCUAUGAGGGAAGACUCGAACAAAUCAAAGGAACUUGACUUACCAACGCUCCCUGAAAAGAUGACACCCCGCCGCCGCAGCCCGGUAAAAGCAAGGAAUACCCAGAGAUACACCCAAGCACACACCCAGGCCUACACCCAGAUGCUGGAAAGCCAGAGAGUGCCCAUGGAGAUUCUUCGACAAAUGGCACCGCAAACAGCACGAUCAGAUAUAGUUGUCACAAUGCACCCGUCUAAGGUGAAGGAGAUCGUCGAUGGCAUCAGAAACCACGAUUUCAGGACUGUCAAAUUGCCGCGGUCAGUCCAUCGUCUCUGGAUCUACGUUGCUCGUCCGGUCUGUGAACUACGUUAUAUGGCCACUAUUGGCGAACCGCAUGAGCCAGGCAAGAUCGACAGCAAGACAGGACUGGGAAACGCCGAGUUCAACGAAGGCAAGACCAGCGCGAAAUGGGCUUACGAGCUCGAGCAGGUCUAUGUGCUCAACAACCCCGUGUCAUUGGACCGCAUGAAGGAGAAUGGCUGGACAGACAAUAACGUUAGUCAACGGAACAAAUACUUGCAGCCGGCGGUUGUAGGCCAGUUACUCUCGAACCUGCAAUGCGCUUUGUUCGACGAUGGACUUGCAGAGCCGGCAACUAUAUCCCAGGAAAUCGACGCUCAAAUACUCAGUGAUAUUGCCCACUCGACGCAAAUGGCAGCGACUAACUCUUCAACUAUCGAAGAGGAAAUGGUCAAGUCGAGUCAGCAGGAGCUUCCCUCUGCCACAGUGCCUUCAUCCUCACAAAUAAGACGGAGUACUCGGUUAGCGAUGCCGCCCCCUUCGAGUGUGAAGCGUGCGGCUUUACCCCGAAAGCCGUCUCAUCAAAGUAGUCCUAGCCAGUGGGCGGCACACACAAGGGAAACGCGGAGCAAGAAGAAUGUCUCCUUUUCCCAGGCAACGACUGCCAGUCAACCAUCUACCCAGCUGCCAAUUACUCAAGCGCAAUCGCCUGAAAAGCCUGUGCCGGCCUUGGUACAUUCAUCGAGCAGCGCUGGUGUGCUUCCAGCCAACCAUGCUGACAGUAUGCCUGCUACAGUUUUAACAAUGGGCAAUGCAAACGGGUCUUCGUCCCAGAUUUUCCCUGAGAGCUUAAUGCGAGAUGGGGUUCGUCAACCUGCAAUGAUAUUAGAUUCGGAAGAUGAGAGUGAGGUGGACGAUGAAGAUUUUUUCUAG